AUGUUGAGAACUGGCCUUUUGAGCAGGCCAUUGAGUGUGGUUAAGAUGUCUACAAAAGCUGGACAGUUCAGAGUCGAAACUGAUGCAUUUGGGGAGAUUAAGGUUGCAGCUGAUCGUUACUGGGGUGCACAAACUCAGCGUUCUUUAGAGAACUUUAGAAUUGGGGGUCCUCGUGAGAGGAUGCCUGAACCAAUUGUACGUGCAUUUGGUGUUUUGAAGAAAUCUGCUGCUGUGGUGAACGAAUCACUUGGUACUUUGGACCCUAAGGUCGCUGAACCUAUCAAGCAAGCUGCCGAUGAAGUUGCUCAGGGCAAAUUGACUGCUCACUUCCCAUUGGUUGUUUUCCAGACCGGUUCUGGUACGCAGUCUAACAUGAAUGCUAACGAGGUUAUCUCAAACCGUGCCAUUGAGCUUAUUGGUGGCGAAUUGGGUUCGAAGCAAAUCCAUCCAAACAACCACUGUAAUCAAGCACAAUCUUCUAAUGAUACUUUCCCUUCAGUGAUGCAUAUCGCCGCUGUGACCGAGAUCACUAGGCAUUUGUUGCCUGAACUGGCUCACUUGCGUGACUCUUUGGACGCUAAGUCCAAGGAAUUCAGUGAUAUCGUUAAGAUCGGUAGAACCCAUUUACAAGAUGCUACUCCUUUGACUUUGGGACAGGAGUUCAGUGGGUACGUACAACAGGUCUCUAACGGUAUCGACCGUGUUGAGGGUUCUUUGCACCGUCUAAAGUACUUGGCUCAGGGUGGUACUGCAGUCGGUACUGGUCUUAACACUAAGAUUGGAUUCGCUGAGAAGAUAGCUGAGCAAGUUUCGAAGGAAACCGGUCUCGAUUUUAAGACGGCUCCUAACAAGUUUGAAGCUCUUGCAGCACAUGAUGCCGUUGUCGAAGCUAGCGGUGCUUUGAACACUGUCGCGUGUUCCCUGUUCAAGAUUGCUCAAGAUAUUAGGUACUUGGGAUCUGGUCCUCGUUGCGGUUACGGUGAGCUUUCCUUGCCCGAGAACGAACCUGGUUCUUCCAUCAUGCCGGGCAAGGUCAACCCUACACAAAACGAAGCUUUAACCCAAGUUUGUGUGCAAGUUAUGGGUAACAACGCUGCAAUCACUUUUGCAGGUGCUUCGGGUCAAUUUGAAUUGAACGUUUUCAAGCCCGUGAUGAUCAGCAACCUGUUGAGUUCUGUGCGUUUGCUAGCAGAUGCUUCAUACUCUUUCCGUGUCCACUGUGUGGAUGGUAUCAUUGCUAAUCGCGAUCGUAUUGGUAAGUUGAUGCACGAGUCUUUGAUGCUUGUGACCGCUUUGAACCCAAAGAUCGGUUACGAUGCCGCUUCCAAGGUUGCCAAGAACGCUCACAAGAAGGGCAUUACUUUGAAACAAUCUGCUUUGGACCUUGGUGUGCUCACUGAGAGCGAGUUUGACGAGUGGGUUGUGCCAGAAAACAUGAUCGGCCCAAAGCCAUAA